UUCGUACGAUUACAGCACACAGACUAACUGAAAUCAAUCAAACCCAAACUUCACAUUCCCGCCACAUCUCCAUCUCCCAGCGUGUGUGUGAGAGAGAGAGAGAGAGACCGCCAUGGAUGUGAAGCAAGCAAGCUUAUCACUAGAUUCUAUAGUUUCAUCCUUCAACGCUCGCAUUGCAGAGCUCCAAGAUCUCGUCGUCGCCCGUAACAUGUAUCCUGCGAGCAGCGUCACCGAUUUGUCAGCAGUUGACGCUACAUUGAAGGCUUUGGAGCUUCAGUUACAACAGAUCAAAGAUAGAUUGCGUGAAGAAACCCUAGCCAUUCCUAAAGCCAAGAAGCUGAUUCAGGCAUCUCUACAGCAACAGAAGAAGUUGCAGAAUAUGUCUGCAUACGUGCCAUCAUAUUUACCUCAACCCGAAAGGGAAGAAGUUGCAGAAUGUUCUGUAAUAGACGAACCCUCAAGGCAAGAUCAUUCUUUCGGGAUUCAUGAUCCUAAAGAGGAGCCUCUACCGUUACCCAAAGAGAAAAAGGGUCGUGGUUCACCACCUGUGUGGUACAUUACUGCUGAUGAACUGGACUCCUUGUCAUCGUAUAUGAGAGGAAGGCUAACUCUGGAUAAAAUCAACGCAGCCAUUAACGACAUGGCUGCUUAUGCUGAGGCAAAUAGCCAGCUUAUGACAGCCCCUAGAAAGAAGCUGACAGAAAGUACCUUAGAGAAAGCUCUGGAAAUAAGAGAUAUAGGAGCGACAGAAGGAGUGAAGGGCAAACACUUCUUUCUGGAAACCGACGUUAAAGGACCUACAUUGAAGCUUGAUAAUACUGGAAAAGCAAUAUUUACGGUUCUUCGACACCUUGGCCGCUUAAGUGAAAGCCGCAUUAAAAAUCAUCGAGUCUUUGUUCUAUUGAGGCCUCAUUGAGGACAUGUUGAUUUUGCAAGCCAUCUUGUGACGUAUAAACUUAUACCAAUAGAAUUUGGAUGUUUGCUUUCUCUGUUAAGUGUGUUGACCUAUGCUUCUGUAUUUUUUAUAAGUUAGAAUCCUCAUAGUUUUCAUUUCUUUACUCAAACAACUAUUAUUACUUGAAGAUUGUAUCUGCCUAUAACCGCGCAUGAUGUUCUUA